GUGCUUUGUAUAAACUAGUAAAUCCAAGAAGGCUAGCUUUUUGCCCUUUCCUCAUCUUUUCUCCCAUUCUUGGGGGAAUAUUGGAAACCCAACAAAAGGAAAAAAAGGUGAUAAACCACACAUAAGACAACUAUUAGGAUUGAACUUGAUGAUUGAUUACACAAGCGAUUAUGCUAAUUAUGCCAAGCAUGCAGUUUACAUAUUUAAUCGCAAUGUGACUAAUUCCAUAACACAAAAUUGAUCAGAAGGAAAAACAUGGGCCGUGGAGUGAGCUAUGGCGGCGGUCGGAGUUCUUUGGGAUACUUGUUUGGUUCCGAGUCCGAGGGAGCUGGCCGGAGCCGGAGCAACAACUCUUCCUCUAGCUCCAAUAGUUCCCCACCACCACCACCUACUACCAAAAAGGAAGAAACUACAAGAAGCCCAAUGGCUCGUCGGAAAGAAAACAGUAGCAGCCCAAUCAAGUGGGACGUCCAAGAAGCACCUCCGGCCCAACCACCACCUAGUACCAAAAAGGAGGAAACUACAAUAAGCCCAGUGGCUCGUCGAAAAGAAUUCAGUAGCAGCCCAAUCAAGUGGGAAGUCGAAGAAGCACCUUCGACCCAACCUGGUCACUUGAAAAACAACUACUAUAGGUCUGAAGGUCAGAAUUGUGGUAACUUCAUUACGGACCGACCGACGACCAAGGUUCAUGCUGCUCCAGGAGGAGGGUCCUCGUUAGGCUACCUAUUCGGCGAUCCUAACAAAAAAUGAUGUAUUCUUGUCCAGAAAAAUAUGAUUUGGUGGAUGUGCUUAUUGUAUUUUGAUUGUAUACCUUGCGUCAGUUGAUCUAAAAUAUGAAAUUUAAUGGCAAAUGACAGAAAAACAAUUGCGAAUGUCAAGUCUAUCUCAUCCAUUUAUCUUGUUCCAUUUUAUCUAUUUUUUUACAUGAUGAUCUACUUAGUUAGGAAAUGAAUUUGUUCGAUCAUGGAUCAUUUAGUGCACUUUUGUAUGACACAUUCUCCUCAAAAUAGCUCUAAGGGUUAGUUGCCAUUGCAUUGAGUAAUGAAUUCUAAGAUUAUAGAUUUUAAAUUUAUCCAAUUGUAAAUCAUUCCCUCUCGCCCCCUAAUGAUGAUAUUAAUUAGAAAUUGAAAAC